AUGCAUGCUAAUGUUAAAGCGGCUAGAAGGCUAGUUUCCAGCAUCUCAUCCUUCACGCCAAGAUAUGAGUUUCCAAAGUACAAUAUGCCUCUCACAGAUUUUAAAGGACACCAACUCAAAGCUCUCAGAAAAUUUGAAAGACUAGCACCUCAAAUGAAUAUGAUAAUAGAAUUACGUGAUAUUCGUGCCCCAUUAUCUACAAGGAAUGUUAUCUUUGAUCGAAUAGCAAGAAAGGAAAAUAAUUUGAUGAAGUUAGUCGUAUACACUAGAAAAGAUCUUAUGCCUAACAAUAAAGAAUACAUAAGAAAAUUAAAGAAUUGGCAUGAAGAGUUGGGGGAAAAAUUUGUUUUGCUGGAUUGUCGGAACAAAAUUGAGGUCAAAAAUCUACUGAAAAUACUAGAAUGGCAAAAUUACGAACUAGAAAAAAAUGGCGGUUAUUUGCCUAUGGGUUACCGGGCAUUGAUUACGGGCAUGCCUAAUGUUGGGAAAUCUACUCUGAUAAAUAGCUUAAGGGCAAUUUUCCAGGGACAGGAUAGAGAAUCUAUGGGAGGAAAACGCAAGAAAGUGGCCAAGACUGGAGCAGAAGCCGGUGUUACGAGAACUACAAGCGAGGUCAUUAGGGUAGCUUCGAGGAACGUGGAAUCAAGAAACGAAAUUUAUUUAAUAGACACACCAGGGAUUGGUGUUCCGGGUCGAAUUUCAGAUCAUAAUAGAAUGCUCGCACUUGCCUUAUGUGGUAGUGUUAAAAAUAACCUUAUAGACCCAAUAUUUCAAGCAGAUUAUCUUUUGUACCUAAUGAACCUGCAAAAUCAAAAUGAUGGAAAAGAAGAGUUUUAUCCUAAAAGUCACACUUCGCCCACGAACGAUAUUUAUGAUGUUCUGAAAAGGCUCCAAAUGCAUAAAAGUCAGAACGAUAAAUCAACGGCCAUUGAGUGGACCAAUAAAUGGAGACUGCGUGGAAAGGGUAUCAUCUUUGAUCCUGAGGUACUAUUGAGUAAUGACGAAUUUUCCUAUAAAAAGUAUGUAGAUGACCAGUUAAAAAAGUUGGGAGAGCUCUCUUACGAGAGAUUUUCUAAAAGAUUAAUAGGAAACCCAAAUCAAAUAUUUAGUAAAUAA